CAGGUACUGUGCAUGUGUGGGAAUCUGACGGAGUCUGUUGUUGGUGGCUGACCUCCAGUGACAGCUGGUGAGCAAAUGCAGAAUAUUGAAGUGGACUGCAGUCGAUGUAAGAAUGCUGUUCAUUGACUAUAGCUCAGCAUUCAACACCAUAGUACCCUCCAAGCUCGUCAUUAAGCUUGAGGCCCUGGGUCUCAACCCCGCUCUGUGCAACUGGGUCCUGGACUUCCUGAUGGGCUGCCACCAGGUGGUGAAGACAGACUCAUCUCUACCAACAGUUGGACCAGCAGAGAACACCACAGCUUGAACACAUGACCAUGAUCACCAGAAUACUCCUGCUCCUUGCUGUCACCAUCUGUGUCACAGCCGCCCAGCGUUCUGUGAGCCAGCGAUGUUUGUGUCGGAAGGUGCGGAACAGCUUUGGCGCUCCAAACACUGUUGAGGACAUCCAGAUCAUUCCGCCAACUCCCUCCUGUGACAGGCUGGAGUUCAUUGUUAGCCUUAAGAAUGGAGUGCAGUACUGCCUGGACCCCAGUAUAAAGAAAGUGCAGAGACUUCUCACUCGCCUGAUGAAGAAGUCCUCUCCCCCAACUGUCCCCACUCCAAUUGAGGCCAUCCCUAAUGAGAGAAGCACUGACCCUGCUGAUAUCUGAUUCCCUGUCUCAGACUCCCUCUAUGACUCCAUUUAGCAGGGUUUCCCAAACUCGGUACUGGGGCCCCCACUUGCUGCAUGUUUAGAUUUUUGCCCUAGCACUACACAGCUGAUUCCAAUAACCAACUCACAGUCAAGCUUUGAUUAUUUGAGUAAUCUGUGUAGUGCUAGGGCCCCAAAAAAAAUUGCACGGGGGGGGGGGGGGUUGUAGGUCCGAGUUUGGGAAACCCUGCCACAUUGGACCAGCUUUGACUCACAACAAAUAUGUUGUUAUCCUAUAAGUUCUGACAUCCCAUCACUCUGAAUGUUUAAGACCAAGUCAAUGUCAAAGCAGUUUAAUGCAGAAGCUGCUUGUUGUAAUUCCCUUUAUACUUCUAUUUUGUACUUUUUUUAUAUUUCAAUUUCAUAUGUCUGUGUUGGGAUGUUAUGCUUUAUUGUGUUUUGCACAGUUGUUGUCUCAAAUGAUUUAAAAUACUUUAAUAAAUCUAUUUUUUCAUGA